AUGCUUCGGAGUUUGUGCCCCGAGUCCGCCCGUAGAUCAGAGGGAACUGGUUCUUUACAAGAUUGUGUUGCAUGCAAAUACCAACGCAGAAAAUGUGCACCCAAUUGCUCUUUAGCCCCGUACUUCCCUGCAGAUAGACAGAAAGAUUUCCUCGAUGCACAGAAGCUUUUCGGAGUCAGUAACAUCAAGAAAAUCCUUAAAAAUGUGAAACAAAGAAAGAAAGAAACCGCCAUGAAAACGAGUAUUUCUCAAGCGAACACGCGAGCAAUUCACCCUGUCCAAGGGUGUUGUAAUGUAAUCAGAGAGUUGGACAGUUAUAUUCAUUUAUACAAGGCGGAAUUGGAUUUUGCUCUUCGUCAAAUAGCGAUUUGCGGAGCACAGGCUUUACAGAAUGAGAUUCAGAAAUUAGGGUUUGAUAAUCAAGAAGUGGAAGUUGGGAUGACGGAAACUCAAGAAGAUUAA